CCCCAGGACCUAAUCAGACAGAGGUGUGAGAUUUCAGAGAAAUCUCAAAUGAGAAAAGCCACAACACAGGGAGGAGACACUGGUUAAAAGACCAGAGGGAAGUAGCAGCCACUCAGAUCUGGGCAGCUUUCCUGCAGAGAUGGUCCUGCUCCUGCUCCUGGCGGCCCUUCUUCUGUCCCCCACUGGGGAGGCAGGGAAAAUCAUCGGGGGCCAUGAGGCCAAGCCUCACUCCCGUCCCUACAUGGCAUAUCUUCAAAUACACACUGCAGAGAACAUUUUGAUCUGUGGGGGUUUCCUCGUGCGUGGGGACUUCGUGUUGACAGCAGCUCACUGCCUGGGAAGCUCAAUCAACGUCACCCUGGGGGCACAUAACAUCAAGAAGCAGGAGAGGACCCAGCAGGUCAUCGCAGUGAGAAGAGCCAUCCCACACCCACGCUAUAAUGACAAGACUUGGACCAACGACAUCAUGUUACUGCAGCUGAAAAGGAAAGCGAAAGUGACCACCGCUGUGAGCCCCAUCAGUCUACCCAGGGACUGGGAUACGGUGAAUCCAGGGAUGCUAUGCAGUGUGGCUGGCUGGGGGCGACUUGACGUGGAUAUGUCCCACCCAAAUAAACUACAGGAGGUAGAGCUUGAAGUCCAAAGUGCCGAGAAAUGCACCUCUCGCUACAAAUAUUACAGAACCACCACCCAGAUAUGUGCAGGGGACCCAGGAAAGAGGAAGAGUUCCUUUAAGGGUGACUCCGGGGGCCCACUUGUGUGUAAUGGUGUGGCCCAAGGCAUUGUGUCCUAUGGAACAAAGGAUGGGACACCUCCAAGGGUCUUCACCAGAAUCUCAAGCUUUCUGCCUUGGAUCCAAACAACAAUGAAACAGUACGAACUUCAGGGACCAGACUGAGGUUUCUCCAAGGACUGAUCUGUCCAUUUUCCCUGGGAUGGAGGCACUGGGCAAAGUGGUUAGAAGCUAGGCUGCCUGAAACUUAAUAAACUUCCAUCUCUUGAGCAGAAA